AUGGCCGGCUGGAGGAAGGCGUGGCUGUCCGUGCUGGACCGGAGCGGCGGCGGCGGCGGCGGCGGGGGCAGCAGCGGCUCCCUCCAGGCGCACCUCAACGGCCUCCUCUCCCCGUCCUCCUCCUCCACCUCCCUCGCCACCGCCCACAAGCGAGGCAGCGGCGCCGGCGGUAAGCACGGCGGCGGGCCGUACGUGAGCACCAAGGCCGUGCUGGCCUGCUUCUCCGUCGUCCUGGUGAUCGCCUUCUUCUACAUCUCCGUCACCGGUCGCCCCUCCCCCGACGACUCCUUCCCCACCCCGACGGGCUCCUCGCCGGCGUCCGGCGCGCUGCUGUCGUCGAACUCGUCCACGCCGACGUCGCCGAGGAAGCCGCUUCCUACCCACCCUCCCGUUCUUCCUAACGUAAGUAGCACCGGCACGGCUCAGCGGAGCAGCGCGCGCAAUGCCACCGUGGUGUCGCCGAGUCGAGUACAGAGCAACAACUCGGAUGAUGACUGGGCGCCGGCCGAUGGCUCGGGACAGCCGGCAUUGGUGCCGGAGGAUAUGGGGAAAGCGCAGGGUCCCCUCUAUAACGCCGAAAACGCCACGAUCAGCGGAUCGGACGGGGAGCCCGUCGUCGGCAACGGCACUAAAGCGCAAGAUGUAACCGCAAUGCCGACGCCGGCGUGGCGGAGAGCGGAUGCAGCGAAUUCCACCGGAAAACCCAUCAUCGGGGGCUCUCCUGAUGAGCCCGCGGACUCCGAAGGCGCCACCGGCAACUCUACCGACACGGUUGUGCGUUCGAGUAAGGAAGAUCGAAACGCGAACGCCAGCGUCGACAAUGUACCGCCGAACUCGACGCGGCGAGCAGCGCUGCCAUCAACAGCGCCGGGUCAGCGAAAGGAGGACAGACGCAGGCGCAAGAGAGCGUCCAUGGCGAGGCACAAGCAGCGCUCGAUCAGGCGACGGAAGGAGUUCGUCCACCCGGUGCAGGAAGGAGCUGCCGCCGACAACAGCGACGGCAUUGCCACGGCAGGCGCGAACACCAGCGUUGCCAUCGGGCCAGGCAACCACCAGGUGGUGUGGACGUCCUCCGCCGACCAUAGCGACGGCGCCGGCACUGGCACCGUCACGGCAGGCGCGAACACCAGCGUUGCCGUCGGGCCAGGCAACCACCGGGUGGAGUGGACGCCUUCCGCCGACCACAGCGACGGCGUCGGCACUGGCACCGUCACGGCAGCCGCGAACACCAGCGUGUCCGUCGGGCCCGGCAACCACCGGGUGGUGUGGACGUCGGGCGUGCAGGACCUGGUGACCUUCGCCAAGUGCGAUCUGUUCAGCGGGAGGUGGGUGAGGGAGGAGAACCACGCGUUCUACCCGCCGCGGUCGUGCCCCCACAUCGACGGCGACUUCAACUGCCACAAGAACGGCCGUCAGGACACCGGCUUCCUCAACUGGAGGUGGCAACCGACCGGCUGCAACAUUCCCAGGAUGAACGCGUCUGAUUUCCUGGAGAGGCUGCGGGGCCAGAGGAUCAUAUUCGUCGGCGACUCGCUGAACCGCAACAUGUGGGAGUCUCUGGUCUGCACUCUCCGCCAUGGUGUCAGGAACAAGAAGAACGUGUACGAGAAGUCCGGGAAGAACCAGUUCAAAACCAGAGGAUUCUAUUCCUUCAAGUUCAGAGACUACAAUUGCUCUGUGGAUUUCAUAAGAUCGACAUUUCUGGUCAAAGAGACGGUCCGCGAGAGCCCAAACGGCACCGUACUCGACGAGAAGCUGAGGUUGGAUGAGCUAGAUGCAACGACUCCGGCGUACCAGACUGCCGACAUCGUCGUCGUCAACACCGGGCACUGGUGGACUCACCCAAAGUCGUCAAAAGGGCUGAACUAUUAUCAAGAAGGCAACCGUGUGCACCAUAGCCUUGAGGUGAUGGACGCAUACAUGAAAGCACUGACCACAUGGGCUAAAUGGGUCGACAAGAACAUAGACCCAACAAGAACUCAGAUCGUGUUCAGAGGACUCUCCCUAACACACUUCAGGGGAGGGCAGUGGAACUCCGGAGGGAGGUGCCACAGGGAGACCGAGCCGAUAUUCAACCAGACGUACCUCACCGAGUACCCCAAGAGGAUGAGAAUGCUGGAGAAGGUCAUGAGCAGGAUGAAGACCCCUGUGAUAUACCUCAACAUCAGCCGGCUCACCGACUACCGGAAGGACGGCCACCCGUCGGUGUACCGGGUGCGCUACGAGACGGAGGAGGAGCGGAUGGCGGCGGCGGCGACCAAGCAGGACUGCAGCCACUGGUGCCUGCCGGGCGUGCCGGACACAUGGAACGAGCUGCUGUAUGCCUCGCUGCUCCAGGCAGGCAAAGGCCCCUGGAGACUAUGA